GAUCCGUCUGCCCUCAUUUUUCUGAACUGCUCUCCACUUCUCGCCAUAGUCCCGACGAUCCCGCCGUCCUCUUCCAUUCGUGUCCUGGCGUUGCCUUUGCGGUCGCCAGCCUUUGUCGGAUAUCUCUUGGUUAAAGUGCUGAUGCAACGCACGGCGAGUCUGAGUCGAGAUGACCGCCGUCGGUCUGCGAGUGCUGACACUCGCCUUUCCGGAUCCCGAUAUACAGCCUAUCUCGUCGAACGACUUCCAGCCCGUCAAUGCUAGCUUAUCAUAUUCUCUCGCAGAGGCCGGUAACAUACGAACGCUUUCGACGACCGGCGCAACGCCCGGCCAUGACAUAGACGGCUUGCUGUAUACCCCCACCCUCCCUCAUGGCACAUGUCCUCAAGCUUCCAGCGUCAUUCCCCGAAAUGCGACCAGAGAAACGAACCUCCCAAAGGAUACAGAUAUCUUCUGGGUGGCUCUUGCACCAUGGAUCAACGCCAACUGCACUCUAGAAUAUCUAGCCGCUGUCCGGGGCACUUCGGCUCAGGCAUUUAUGUUUUACUUACUUGACAACGGGACACAGAUACCGCCCGUGGCUGACGACCCUGUGUGGAGUCUCGGUGAUGGUGGUCGUUGGAAGACGACAAACAAGCUCCCCGUCUAUGCGAUUUCUUCCAUGAUAGGGCAGACUGUCAUGCGGAAUUUAGCGAACUAUUCCGGCAAUUUAACCACCGUACCGAACGGCCACGAGCUUGCCAAUGAAUGGCCGUCCAUGGACUACAUUCGCCUGGCUGUCGAGCUUGAUAUAGACAGCAGCGAGAGAUUACCCAGUCUCUGGAUAUUUCUCCUUAUCGUCCUCGGCAUACUAAUCCUCAUAAUCGCUGCGACGUCCUGCACCAUGCACUGGGUGCAACGUCGCCGACGAGAACGAUUGCGAAGGCGCGUCGCGCGAGGGGACGUCGACCUCGAAGCCCUCGGCAUAAAACGUCUGACUGUUCCCCAGGACGUAAUUGAUAAAAUGCCCCUCUACACGUACUCUGAUAACUCGACCGAUACCGAGAAACCUGCCGAAACUGUGCGACCCAAUCAGCCGCCCACCAAUCCGGUAACCCUUCAGGCCCAUCCCCAGCUGCACACUACAUACUUCUCACAGGCCACCUGCCCCAUCUGUCUCGAGGACUAUGAACCAGGUGUGACAACAGUUCGCGAACUGCCAUGUCGACAUCUCUUUCACCCGGAUUGCGUAGACUCCUUCCUGCGCCAGAACUCGUCCUUGUGUCCGAUGUGCAAAAAGACUGUUCUGCCAACAGGGUAUUGUCCAGCCGUGAUCACAAACGCGAUGGUCCGGCGCGAGCGCAUGGUCCGUCGCAUUAGGGAAAGGGUUGUGGCCCCGCCGGAGAGUAACCCAACCGCCAAUGCCCAGCAAGGACAUCGAAUAAUGAUCCCGAGGGUUAGUACCGUGUUGCGGAGUGCCGUUGCCAGUGGUCGACGAGUCUUCUCUGCCCCUAUACUUUCUGGAACCACACAGACUUUACGAACAACGCCGACAACAUCGCAGAGCCUCGAGAUGCGAACAGCAUCCAGUCCCUUAGACUAUGCUGCUGCUUCCACUGUAGAUGUAUCACGCCCAGCACCAGCAGCGGUGAUAGGGCCGCUGUCGGAUCACGGAUGUCCUCCUUCUCCAGAAACAACCUCGCCGCCUACGGACCGUCAAGGCAGGAGAGAAUGGGCUCGACAACGCGCGGUAGCUAUGCUAAGGCAAAGGCGUAGUAUACAAGACAGAGAAAUCGAGGCCGAGGCUGCAAGGGCGCCUCUCUGGAGGAAAUUGGUCGGGAAAAUAUGGCCCGGGUUCGCUUAAUUGUGUUGGUGUGCCUCUUUUCAUUUUCUUCACAGUUUUUGGUUUACAUCUCGCAGACGCUGGCAAAUGUAGCUAUGCCAAUCAUGGGCCUUGGGGUUUUGCUUUAUUGUGAAGACCAGCGGGGUGCAUCUUUUCGAUAAUGGGACGUAAGCGUAAUCCAUGAUCAUGAGGAAUUGGGUUCUUUUGGCAUAGCGUGGCGUCGGCGGCACACCUGUAAAGGUCGGAUUUCAAGGGCUAAUGAUUGUUACGAGAAAGCGCUAUAUGAAAUGCAAAUAAACUGGUUUUUUGGGA